AUGGCUAAUGGAACAAAUAAAGAUAAGUUAGGUGAUUGUUGCCUAGCUGAAUAUCAUCCAUUACCAGGAACUCCACGUGGACAAAUUAUAAAAAUUGCCGACAUUGAUACUUAUUUUAUUGAAGGAGAUGAUCAAACAUCAAAAGGAAAGGUUAUUGUUUUAUUAACCGAUGUAUUUGGUUUAGUAAAAAAUCCACGUAUUAUUGCUGAUGAAGUAUCAGAAAAAAGUGGUAUGGAUGUCUAUGUGCCAGAUUUAUUCAAUGGUGAUGCACUUCCUUCGUCACACUUAAAAGGUUCACCUGAAGUGCCUGGAGAAAAAAAGUCGUUUGGUGCAAAACUUAAUUUUGUAGGAAAAGUAUUCACAGAUAUUGGACCGUGGAUGAUUCGACAUCGUCAAGGUGUUACUCUUCCAAUUGUAGAAAGAUUUUUUAAAACGCUUCGUCCUGAAAGAAAUGCAACCCGAAUUCAAGCUGUUGGUUAUUGUUUUGGUGGUCUUUAUGCGAUGUUAGCUGGAGGUUCACUUCAUCUUGCCGAUACUAUUGUUGGUUGUCAUGUUUCAUUAGUAAAUAAAAGUCAUUUUGAACAAUUACAAGUACCAGCGGCUUUUGCUUUUGCUCAAGAAGACGAAUAUUUUUCCGAUUCUUUUCGAACAGAGGUACAACAUAUACUUUCGCGUAAAUCCGACAUACCAAGCAAGUUUUUAUUAACCAAUGGAACAGUGCAUGGUUUUGCUUCUCGACCGAAUCCAGACAAUCCUACUAUCAUGGCAGCAUUCAAACAGGCUAAUGAUUUGAUCGCAGAAUGGGCUAAAACUCAUCUUUAA